AUGGCCUCGCUGGACCUACCGUACCGCUGCCCGCGCUGCGGGGAGCAUAAGCGCUUCCGGAGCCUGUCGUCGCUGCGCGCGCACUUGGAAUACAGUCACACUUAUGAGACUCUCUACAUCCUCUCCAAGACCAACAGCAUCUGCGACGGCGCAGCCGCCGCUGCAGCAGCUGCUGCCGCAGCCUCUGGCUUUCCGCUGGCGCCUGAGCCCGCCGCCCUGCUGGCUGUCCCCGGGGCCCGGCGCGAGGUCUUCGAGAGUACGUCCUUCCAGGGCAAGGAGCAAGCAGCCGGGCCGGCGCCUACGGGGCCGCACCUGCUGCACCAUCAUCACCACCACGCGCCACUGGCGCACUUCCCCGGUGACCUGGUGCCCGCCAGCCUGCCUUGCGAGGAGCUGGCCGAGCCGGGGCUCGUGCCCGCUGCGCGCUAUGCGCUACGCGAAAUCGAAAUCCCACUCGGCGAGCUGUUCGCGCGCAAGUCCGUAGCAUCCUCGGCCUGCUCGACGCCGCCACCCGGACCUGGCCCUGGUCCUUGUUCCGGGCCGGCUUCUGCAUCGCCAGCGUCGCCAUCGCCUGCAGACGUCGCCUACGAAGAGGGCUUGGCACGCCUCAAGAUCCGCGCCCUGGAGAAGCUGGAGGUGGACCGGAGACUAGAGCGCCUGAGCGAGGAGGUGGAGCAGAAGAUCGCAGGCCAGGUAGGUCGGCUACAGGCCGAGCUGGAGCGCAAGGCAGCAGAGUUGGAGACUGCGCGACAGGAGAGCGCGCGCCUGGGACGCGAGAAGGAGGAGCUGGAGGAGCGCGCAUCGGAGCUCUCACGCCAAGUGGACGUGAGCGUGGAACUGCUGGCUUCACUUAAGCAGGACCUGGUGCAUAAGGAGCAGGAGCUGAGCCGCAAGCAGCAGGAGGUGGUGCAGAUCGACCAGUUCCUGAAGGAGACAGCAGCUCGGGAGGCCAGCGCCAAGCUGCGCCUGCAACAGUUCAUCGAGGAGCUCCUGGAGCGUGCAGACAGGGCCGAGCGCCAGUUGCAGGUCAUCAGCAGCAGCUGUGGCAGCACACCCAGUGCCAGCCUGGGCAGAGGCGGUGGGGGCAGUGCCUCGGGGCCUGGGGUGAGAGGCCCAGGCAGAAUGCGAGAACACCAUGCAGGCCCAGCUGUGCCGAGCACAUACGCCGUAUCACGGCACGGCUCCUCUCCCAGCACAGGGGCCUCCAGCCGUGUGCCAGCUGCAUCCCAGAGCUCAGGCUGCUAUGACAGUGACAGUCUGGAGCUGCCCCGGCCAGAGGAAGGGCCCUCGGAGGACAGUGGCCCUGGGGGCUUGGGUUCACGGGCCCAGGCUACCAACGGUGGUUCAGAGCGAUCCCAGCCCCCUCGUAGUUCAGGCCUAAGACGACAGGCCAUCCAGAACUGGCAGCGCCGACCGCGCCGUCACAGCACUGAGGGGGAGGAGGGUGACGUCUCAGAUGUGGGCUCCCGAACUACUGAGUCAGAGGCCGAAGGACCUUCUGAUGUCCCACGCCCUGGACCUGCUGUGGCUGGCCCCUUGAACAGCUGCCGGCUCUCAGCCCGCCCUGAAGGAGGCAGCGGGCGAGGCCGUCGGGUGGAGAGAGGAAGCCCCUCACGCUCCAAUGAGGUCAUCAGCCCAGAAAUCCUCAAGAUGCGUGCUGCCCUCUUCUGUAUCUUCACCUACCUGGAUACGCGGACACUGCUGCAUGCCGCAGAGGUCUGCCGGGACUGGCGCUUCGUGGCCCGCCAUCCUGCUGUCUGGACAAGAGUGCUGCUGGAGAAUGCCCGAGUCUGUUCCAAGUUCCUGGCGAUGUUGGCUCAAUGGUGCACCCAGGCUCACUCAUUAACAUUACAGAACCUGAAGCCCCGGCAGCGGGGAAAGAAGGAAAGCAAGGAGGAGUAUGCCCGCAGCACCCGGGGCUGCCUUGAAGCAGGGCUGGAGUCCCUGCUGAAGGCGGCUGGUGGGAACCUGCUGAUCCUGCGUAUCUCCCACUGCCCCAACAUCCUCACUGACCGGUCGCUCUGGCUGGCCAGCUGCUACUGCCGUGCCCUGCAGGCUGUCACCUACAGGAGUGCCACGGACCCUGUCGGCCAUGAGGUGAUCUGGGCCCUGGGUGCAGGCUGCAGAGACAUUGUCUCCCUCCAGGUGGCGCCGCUUCACCCCUGCCAGCAGCCCACCCGGUUCAGCAACCGCUGCCUGCAGAUGAUUGGACGCUGCUGGCCCCACCUCCGGGCCCUGGGUGUAGGCGGUGCCGGCUGUGGGGUCCAGGGCCUGGCAUCACUUGCAAGAAACUGUAUGCGGCUGCAGGUCCUGGAACUGGACCACGUGUCAGAGAUUACCCAGGAGGUGGCGGCCGAGGUCUGCCGGGAAGGCCUGAAAGGACUGGAGAUGCUGGUGCUUACAGCCACCCCUGUCACCCCUAAGGCCCUGCUACAUUUUAACAGCAUCUGUCGCAACCUCAAGUCCAUUGUGGUGCAGAUUGGGAUUGCAGAUUACUUCAAAGAGCCCAGCAGUCCCGAGGCCCAGAAGUUGUUUGAGGAUAUGGUGACAAAACUCCAGGCCCUGCGACGGAGGCCUGGCUUCUCGAAGAUUCUGCACAUCAAGGUAGAAGGUGGUUGCUAA